GCGGACGCUGGCACUGGGCACCUCCGGAAGACAGGAGUCUCCCCUCCUGCGCGGGCGACCCGGGUGCGGUGCCAUGACUGGCGGCAGAGGGCGGUGCUCACCGUUCCCAAGCGUACGGUAGAAACCCAGCUACUGUGUGGUCCGAUUCAGACGGGAUGCGAAGGCGCUGAAAUCCGUGCGAGAGGUGCCCCCGCUGCCGGGGACUCGCGUCAGCGCGGCCGGAGCUACGGUGCCCGCGCCCUGGACGCACCAGCCCGAGAGCACGCGGUGGGGUGCGGGAGGUGGGCACCCACCCUUGGCCUGGACUAGGAGGCAGGCGGGGACCCCGGGGCGGAGUCCAGCGCGGGGCGGGGCGCACAGGUCCUAGACGCUGGAAAGAGCUGUGGGGGCGGAGCGCCAACUCCAGCUGGAACCCAGAGACCCUGACACGCCGGAGGAGCCCGCCGGGGCGAGGAAAAAAGAGGGACAUCCCCCGCGCAGCGGCUCUGCAAGUGCAAGUCCGGGUCCUCGAGGUGAAAACCGAGCGGCCCGCCUGCGCCCAACCACGCUGUGACCCUCGAUCCGGCUUCCGGAGCCGCAGAGCGCACAGAAAGGAGGCGCCGAGACAGACAUCACCAUGGCAGCCCAGAAUGGAAACACCAGUUUCGCACCCAACUUUAAUCCACCGCAAGACCAUGCCUCCUCCCUCUCCUUUAACUUCAGUUAUGGUGAUUAUGACCUCCCUAUGGAUGAGGAUGAGGACAUGACCAAGACCCGGACCUUCCUCGCAGCCAAGAUCGUCGUUGGCAUUGCACUGGCAGGCAUCAUGCUGGUCUGCGGCAUCGGUAACUUUGUCUUUAUCGCUGCCCUCACCCGCUAUAAGAAGUUGCGCAACCUCACCAAUCUGCUCAUUGCCAACCUGGCCAUCUCCGACUUCCUGGUGGCCAUCAUCUGCUGCCCCUUCGAGAUGGACUACUACGUGGUACGGCAGCUCUCCUGGGAGCAUGGCCACGUGCUCUGUGCCUCCGUCAACUACCUGCGCACCGUCUCCCUCUACGUCUCCACCAAUGCCUUGCUGGCCAUUGCCAUUGACAGAUAUCUCGCCAUCGUUCACCCUUUGAAACCACGGAUGAAUUAUCAAACGGCCUCCUUCCUGAUCGCCUUGGUCUGGAUGGUGUCCAUUCUCAUUGCCAUCCCAUCGGCCUACUUUGCAACAGAAACCGUCCUCUUUAUUGUCAAGAGCCAGGAGAAGAUCUUCUGUGGCCAGAUCUGGCCCGUGGAUCAGCAGCUCUACUACAAGUCCUACUUCCUCUUCAUCUUUGGUGUCGAGUUCGUGGGCCCUGUGGUCACCAUGACCCUGUGCUAUGCCAGGAUCUCCCGGGAGCUCUGGUUCAAGGCAGUCCCUGGGUUCCAGACGGAGCAGAUUCGCAAGCGGCUGCGCUGCCGCAGGAAGACGGUCCUGGUGCUCAUGUGCAUUCUCACGGCCUAUGUGCUGUGCUGGGCACCCUUCUACGGUUUCACCAUCGUUCGUGACUUCUUCCCCACUGUGUUCGUGAAGGAAAAGCACUACCUCACUGCCUUCUACGUGGUCGAGUGCAUCGCCAUGAGCAACAGCAUGAUCAACACCGUGUGCUUCGUGACGGUCAAGAACAACACCAUGAAGUACUUCAAGAAGAUGAUGCUGCUGCACUGGCGUCCCUCCCAGCGGGGGAGCAAGUCCAGUGCCGACCUUGACCUCAGAACCAACGGGGUGCCCGCCACAGAAGAGGUGGACUGUAUCAGGCUGAAGUGACCCACUGGUGUCACACAAUUGAAAACCCCAGUCCAGUACUCAGAGCAUCACCCACCAUCAACCAAGUUCAUAGGCUGCAUGGGAAAUGACAUCUGUGUUCAUGCCUCCCCCGUGCCCUCAACAAGCCGAAUGCUGCAAAGUCGUAACAUACAAUGAGACUAGACAUGAACCAAAUCAGCUGACAUUUACUGAUAUCCGCUCGACACCUACUGUGUCCACAAUCCCAACAAGGAGAUUAGACACAAGGAGCAGCAACUGACAUGGACUGAACAUGUACUGUGUGCAAACCACACCAAUGAGAUUAGACAGGGACAGCAGGAGCUGACAUUUACUCAUCACCUACUGUAAUCAAAAACACUUGAUUUGAUUACAAUCAAAAACAUAUAAAAAACAUAACAAAAUAGCAGAAGCUAUUGGAGUUUCCAAGCUAUCUCCAGAUAUAUAGAUAGUUCACCCUCCAUCUUCCCUAAUUCUGUAUCUUACCAGUGCAGGAAUAUCAAAAGGCUAUAGGCCAGGCAUGAUGGCUCAUGCCUGUAAUCCCAGCACUUUGGGAGGCUGAGGCACGUGGAUCACUUGAGUUCAGGAGUUCAACCCAGGCUGGCCAACAUGGUGAAACCCUGUCUCUACUAAAAAUACAAAAUCAGCUAGGCGUGGUGGCGGGCGCCCGUAAUCCCAGUUACUCAGGAGGCUGAAGCAGGAGAAUAGCUUGAACCUGGGAGUUGGAGUUUGCAGUGAGCUGAGAUUGCUCCACUGCACUCCAGCCUGAGUGACAGAGUGAGACUCUGUCUCAGGAAAAAAACAAACAAACAACAAAACAAAACAACAACAACCAACGGCUAUAGAAGAAGACUCUUAGACACAAUGGAAAUGUAACGAUAAGUUUGUCAGUGCGGGGUUUACAGCAUCAUGGGAGGUGCGUUAAAGCCAUCAUACUGAACUUUCCCACCCACCUCCUACUGCCUCCCAGGGCAUUCUCUAGGAUUUUGGCUUCAAGAAAAAAAAAUUCUUAUAGUCAGCCCAGCCUUAUGUGGUUAUCCACAAUGGUGUAAUUUCAAAGGAAAGAACCUAAAAAUCACUUUCCCACUGAUGCUUGAAAGCUUAUCAUUUCAUUUGGGUGGAGAUGGGUAAUCCUGAGGUGUCAAUUUUUGCCUCCUCAGUGCAAAGGAUUUCAGUGGCUCUGGGGUCAGGGGGAAAGAGGACAGAGAAAAAAGUGGAGGUUGCCACUGGCAAUGAACAAAAUCUCUGUGGGCAUUUUGCUAAGGACUGGACCACUUUCUAGAACACUCCCUCUUUUACAAAAGGAACUCUACAUAGAAUCCAAAGACCUGGGUUCAGGUCCUAACUCUAAGACUCAAGUCCUAAACUCAUGAUGUUUUCUCUCUGUGUCUCAGUUUUGCUUUAAUGAAAUGGCGAUGAUGAAAAUAUCUGCUCUUCAUACCUUGCAAGACUGUUGGGAGAGCCCAUUGAGGCCAUGGUUUGUGAAUGUGCUUUUCAACUGUGCACACGAUAAGAAUGGAGAAGUGAUAUUGAACAGUUUAUUUGGAGGGAGUUUAUUUGGAAACCCCAUCCACUGUGAUUUAUUAGAGAAAUACCCACACUUUUUCAUCCCUGUUCUUUGGACGAAAGACUCCUGAAGACUUCACAGUGUACCUUGUCUACAGUGGGCCAAAAAGGGAUCCGUGUUCUUGGUUAUAAUCUGGGAAAUUUAACCUCAGAUUCUCAGUGACCCCAAGACUCUCAGCAUCCCUGCAGUCUUAGAAGUGUUGACAGUCUUCCCUGCAUGUUGCAAAAUAGCACCCUAGUGCUGCAUAAAUAUCACUUCUGAAUCUGUUUGUAUUAUUAUACAUUUGUGGUAACUGUAGGUACACGUCUUCAUUUCUUCUUGAUUCAUUUUGAUGUGGUAGCUAUAUAAAUGGUACCUGGUUUGGGACUGACCCAUCCAUAUUUGACCAAUUCCUAAUUUUUUAUAGACAAGGAAUUAAUUGUUUGCUUGUUUGAUUGUUUUUAUUAUUUGUUGAUUUGUUUCUCUGACUGAAGUUUCAACCAAUGUUUCUUUCUAUCACCACCCAGCAGACUCACCUUCAGCCCAAUCAUUGUACUCUCAGAAAAUGCAGGCCAGCACGGUGGCUCACAUCUGUAAUCCCAGCACUUCGGGAGGCCAAGAUGGGCAGAUCACCUGAGGUCAGGAGUUCAAGACCAGCCUGGCCAACAUGGUGAAACCCCAUCUCUAGAAAAAUACAGAAAUUAGCUGGCGUGGUGGCACAUGCCUGUGGUCCCAGCUCCUCAGGAGGCUGAGGCAUGAGAAUUGCUUGAACCCCACAGGCAGAGGUUGCAGUGAAUUGAGAUCGCACCACUGCACUCCAGCCUGGGUGAUAGAGCAAGAUUCCAUCUCAAAAGGAAAAUAAAAGAAAAUGCAAACACACUAUAAUAUUAGCCUAAGCAAAACUGUUAAUUCUGAUUUACAAAAAUUCUUACUUGCUUGGCUCUGAAAUGCAUUGUGUAAUAAUGCAUUUCAAAGCCAAGCAAGUAACAAUUUUAGGUUAUGUACAUUUCUAUAAAUAUAAUAAUUGUAUUUUUAUUUAUUAUUCUAUCCUGGCUCUUAGCCGAAUCAGGAGAUUCUUUAGGAAUGGACCAUGUACCAGUCAAGUCUGUCAGCAGGAUUCAUCGCCCUGUUCCUUUUUGUCCUAGAAUAUACCAACUUCCUUUCAUUGAAAUUUAACUGAAAAAACUUUUGUAAAUAUCAGUGUGUAUUUGUGAUUUUCCAGGGAUUAAAGUGUAAUGUUGUUAUCCAAUUAAAUCAUUAACAUGUGGAAUUUAGUCACAGGUUUCAAGUGCUUUCUCUGCUGAUCUUUUAAGCGUGUUAGUAUAUUUAGAUAUGAGUGAAGUAAUAGCUACCUAAACAGUCCCACCUUGAAACAGAGAAGGAACUUACUGAAGGCAUUUUUAGAACAGUGGUAGCUCAUAGCAUCAAUCAGCCUCCUCUCGGUUAUGUCCUUCAAGCUAAUGGCCCCGGAGUGUAUUCAUGCGUGCAAAUAAGCAAGGAAUCAUGGUCCUGGACUGAUGCGAUGCCUUCAUUCUAAAACAGUCUUGUUUGUUCCAAUGAAAGCUGCUGAUUGCACCGUGACUAUUCAUCCCUCCAACUGGUAAUAAAUUAAUUACACUUGUAUUUAGUCUUUUCUUCUCAAGACUAAUUAAUGGUAAGCUUAAGACACUUUUAAUAUGCUAAGAUGUACACAUUUAUGCCUAUGAUUAUAUACAUUGAAAAAUUAAUCUCAUUUAGCAAAACAGAUCCAUUUCCUCAGCCAGAAUAAGAAAAAAGAUGGCUCUGUAAUGAAGCUAUUAAAGGCUUUUCUAUCAGCAUUCAACAUUUAAAAUAAGUUGCUUUACAAAUUGAAGAAAUCAAAAGAUGGCUUCAGGCCCUCAGUCAUGAGAAGCAAUCCAGACUUAAAGAGGAAGAAAGAAUGUGACAUGUAGGAGGUAAUUAGAAAACUUAAAGUGAGUUCUAUUUCUACAGGAGAAAUGAUGGCUUUGAAACAUCCUUCCAAUUUAACAGCUGUCUCUCCUUUGGCUCAAGAGGAUGGGUGCACGCAUGCACACACACGCACACACACACACACACACACACACACACACCACAGACCAGGAAAGGCCUUAUAAGGGCAUAUAAUUCAACUCACUCCUUUCUUAGGUGAGGAGAUCGGAGUUUCAAAAGGAAAUGCCUUGCUUAAGGGUACAGCUAAUGCUUGCUGGAGCCAAGAUAUUGCCCCAAGAUUUUCACUCUGAUGCAGCGAACUGCACUCGGGGACUGCACUCCUGACUCCUAAGGAGUGGACCCUCAGCUGGUUUCUGGCCUCCCGGCAGAAUCUUAAACUGCAGAAAAGAUACUGUUCCUCCCUCUGGCAGGCCAAGAGCACAUCCAAUCCAAGGGACCAUAAUUGACACUCCAGGAUUCCAGGGAAACCAGAGAGAAUCACCCCAGAAUCAUCCUAGUGCUCCUGCCUUUCUUUUCUCCUAUUGAGAUAAAUGGGCGUGGAGGGGAUCUUAACACAUUAGACUCGAAUGCACAUGGAGCUGUUUGCAAGUGAUUCCGGAGCCAAAUGGGAAAGCAGGUUGUGCUGAGAGGUAACCCGGCCCCAGGAAAAGCAGGUGGAGGGGAGGGGGUUUGCUCGCACUCCAAGACAAGGCAAGUACAGGGCCACCCACAACACAAUGUGCAGU